AUGGAUGUUGUUGCGCUGAAGUUGUUGCUGCUGGCAGCCCUGACUCUGCUGGUUUCUGCUCAGACACCCACUGACUACAGAGACCUGUCUAAAACAUUACAAAAACACGUUGACAAAGCACUGGAAGAAGGGAACCGUAAAUUUGGAAGGAAUCAUCAUGUUGAUUUUCAUUCCAUCGUAAAAACUCCAGUGACUAGGCAGAGCAGCCUGAAUGUAAAUGUCCUUUUAAAAGUCACAACAUGUAAGAAGGCUCAUCAUUCAUUUAAGAACCGACCUGAAUGUAAUACACAAAAAAAGAACACGCCCUUGAUUGACUGUCUUGUCUGUAAGAUGAAAAGUGGUAAAGAACUGGUUCACUGUGCCGAGAAAAUAGAAGUCAUUAAAGGAAAGCACAAAGAAAUUCGAAAUACCUGUCAGAGUUAUUACAUUGGAGUAUCAAUCAUGAUGUCAUCACCAAUGCAAAAUAUAAAUAAGCUUGGAUGUCGUGCAUGUAUUUGA